UGGGUUGGUUCCUCGUCCGCUUCUCGCUCCUUGUUUUCCCAAGCUUUUUGAUUUUGGCCUUUUUUUAUGUCCUCCUCCGUCAGAAUUACAUUUAUACCCCUCUGGUUAUGAUAGCUCUGUCUCAUCGGAAACCAGAGAGCCGAAGCUCCUCCUCAGCUCUCGGUUUCCCUCGCCUCAGAUUUUACCGGUACCGGCGCUUGAGGUAACCGCCGGCGAGCCAAACUGAAUUUGCCCGGAACAAGAUAAGAAAGAAAGCUUUUUCCAUUUUUAGCUGUGGUGGGUUUUUUUUUUUUUUUGGAUAGAUAGAUAUAUAUAUCCGAAUUCAUAUAGUCACGAAAAUGCCGAGUCCGAAGAGUCACCGGAGAGGGCAGGAGGAUAGGAAUCACAACAGAAGAGGAAGACUGUCGGAGAGAUCGUCGUCGUUUCACAGUGAGAGUCCGGCGUCUAACAGCUUGCAACUUCGCCGGCCGAAAACCUUGCCGGACUUGCUUAGUAAUUCAGCCAGAAAUACAUCCGGAAUGGCGUUUUUCGAUGGACCGCCAAAACUCACAAAGUUGUUGCUCAACGUGACGAUUCAGGGGAGUCUUGGUGCCGUACAGGUGGUGAUGUCGCCGGAAUCGACGGUCGGAGAUCUAGUCACCGCGUCGGUGCGUCAGUACGCGAAGGAAGGGCGCCGUCCGAUCUUAACGACCACCGAUCCUUCCAAAUUCGACCUCCAUUACUCGCAGUUUAGCUUAGAAAGUUUGGAUAGGGAAGAGAAGCUGAUUUCCCUAGGAUCCAGAAACUUCUUCUUGUGCCUGAGGAAAUCUGAAGCUGCAGCAGAACAGAGUGAGAUUGGGAUUGGCAGUGCUAGCGGUGUCGCAACGACGUCGUCUUCUUCAUGUUCCAAAGAAGCUAGUAAAGCAGUCGCCAAAACUGGGUUUGCUUGGCUCAAGUUCAUGGAUUUCUUGCUGUAAUUUUGGAAUAUGAUUUCUUGUGUAUAUUAAUUUUAAAAAAAGAAAAAAAAAGAUUUUUUUUUUUUUGGCCUAUAUAUAGUUAAAAGGUGUGUUAGAUGACAUCUCAUUUUCUGAAACCUUUUUGCAAUUGAAGGUUUCCAUUAGAAGUUAAAUUUAGCUAUGGUGCACCAGCUCACAGGCAGAUUUAGAGUUUUUGCAAGCAGAAAAAGAAAAAAAUAAUAUUAUAAAUGCAUUAUAAUAAUUAUUUGAAUGUAAAGCCCUUUUAAUUCAUGCCCUUCUAAAUGGUUAUGAAUUUAUUUGUAAUUUGUAUAUAUGUAAUGGUAAAAAGUUUGGCCAAUUUUGUAUAA